GAUAUGUCAUUUGAACAAUCAGAAGGAUUGCAGGUUGUGCAGUGUUCCGAUAUUGUGUCGCUGGCUUCUGGAGGAGACGUCUUCCCUAGGCUCACCCUCCUUCAACAAAAGACAAGUUUCAACGAGAAUGAUUAAUAUUCAAUGACAAAAAUUUCUGGUGCGAAAAAUAUCGACGUAGUUUUUUAAAUAAAAAAAAUGGCGUUUCUCACGAAAUUUUGGGGUGUCGAUGCCCUCGUCGGGGUGUUUGUGCUGAUAGUUCUGUUGUACCUCUACAUGGCGCGGAAUUUUAACUACUGGAAGAAACGGGGAGUCAAGCAGAUCGAGCCGGUUCCCUUCUUCGGAAGUUUCAAGGAGAUAAUUCUCCAGCAAAAAUUUCCUGGACAUUUCUUCAGGGAUUGGUACGAGAAAUACUCACCCCUGCCUUACGUCGGAUUCUACGUUCUUGAUAAACCGUUUCUCCUGAUUCGCGAUCCGGAAAUUGUUAAGAAUAUUCUCGUGAAAGAUGCCAACUACUUCCAGGAUAAACAUCUCACAGCUAAUUCUAAUGAUACCCUGAGUGCGGCUAAUCUUUUUCUCAUUAAAAAUCCAGCGUGGAAGUAUGUCAGGUCGAAGUUGACGUCGGUGUACACUGCUGGGAGGUUGAAGAAGAUGUUUGAGUUGAUGGUGGAUGUGUGCAAGGAUUUGGAAACGUUCUUGGAGUCACAGAAAUUGGACGGUGCGGGGGGUGUUUUGGAGAUGAAGGACGUAUCGGCAAAAUUCACGACUGACCUCAUUGCCACCACUGCUUAUGGCAUCAAAGCGAAUUCCCUGAAUGAUCCCGACGCGGAAUUCCGAAAACACGGCAAGAAGAUCUUCGAAUUCACAACUUACCGCGGAUAUGAGUUCCUGGCAAUGUUUUUCGCGCCUCAGUUCGUCAAGCCCCUGAAUAUUCAAUUUUUCCACAAGGAAAGCACGAAAUUUCUCAGGGCAGCCCUCUGGAAUACUCUCGUAGAGCGACAGAAUUCGGGAAUUAAACGUCCCGAUCUCAUCGAUAUCCUCAUCGAACUGCGGAAGAAUCAACCGGAGGAGGAGAAAAAAAUUUUCGAGUUCGACGGUGACAAUUUGGUGGCUCAAGCUGCAGUCUUCUUCACUGGUGGCUUUGAAACUUCCUCCACUGUGAUCAGUUUUUGUCUGUAUGAGCUUGCAACACAUCCAGAAGUUCAGGACAAAGUGAGGGAGGAAAUAAAAGCGACUCUGGAAGCGAAUAAUGGAAAAAUAACAUAUGAGACGACGACAUCAGGUAUGCCCUACCUCGACGCUGUACUCGCUGAAGUUUUGCGUUUUUACCCACCUCUGCCAUACCUGGACCGAGAAGCUUCCGCCGAUUAUAAAAUUCCUGGUAGUGACCUGGUCCUCAAGAAAGGAACUCCGGUGUUGAUUCCAAUGUUAGGUUUCCACUUCGACGAGGAUUACUUUCCCGACCCCUUCCGCUUCAAUCCUGACAACUUCUCCGAGGAAAAUAAAAAAGCCCGUAAGGGGGGUGUAUACAUGCCCUUUGGAGAUGGCCCACACACUUGCAUAGGUCUACGGCUUGGAUUGCUCCAAGCUAAACUGGGAAUAAUAACUAUGCUCGCAAAGUACGAAAUUUCCCCGUGUAAGGAAACCCUCAUUCCCAUGAGAUUGAAUCCGAAAGCGGUAAUAUCUACUCCAGACGGUGGUAUCUACCUCACAGUUCGGAAAUUAGUUCACUUAUUUAAAUCCCUCAAGUACAGUGUCGUAAUCACACCCUGUGGUCACUUGGACUAUUCUAUACGUGAGGACUUCUACAUGGAUGUACAAAGGCUAAUCAGCGAUUCAGGGAGUCUUUACUUUCCUAGCCCCCACCAGAAUUCCACUGAGUUCAGGUCAAAGUGCCGGGAAAAAACAUCAAUGCGAGUAAUGAUACACUUUGAUAAAUCAAUUGUAAAAUCAAUCAAUCGGUAUCAAUCAGCCAAUAAAUCGGGCACUAAAUCAUUUUUCGUUCUGAAAAAAAUUGAGGGUGUGUUAGUUCAUCAAAUGGCGGUGCUCACGAAUUUUUGGGGACUGGAUCUACUCGUAAUGAUUUUUGGACUGAUCACAGUUUUCUACCUCUACAUGACGAGAAAUUUCAAUUACUGGACAGAACGCGGAGUUCCACAAAUUCCGCCGGUUGCGUUUUUCGGAAAUUUCAGGGAAGUUCUGCUGCAGCAGAAAUCGCCCGGUACUUUCUUCAGGGAUUUGUACUUGAAGUGCUCACCCCUACCUUACGUCGGGUUCUACAUUCUGGAUAAACCGUUUCUACUCAUUCGCGAUCCGAAUCUUGUUAAAAAUAUUCUCGUGAAAGAUUCGAAGUACUUUCAGGACAAACAUUUCACGGCUAAUUCUAAUGACACGCUGAGUGCGGCUAAUCUCUUUCUCAUUAAAAAUCCAGCCUGGAAAUAUCUCAGGGCUAAAUUGACACCUGUGUAUACGGCGGGAAAGCUGAAGAAGAUGUUUGAGCUGAUGGUGGAUGUUUGCAGGGAUUUAGGAACAUUUCUGGAAGGUCAAACACUGCGAGGUAUGGGAUGUGUUUUAGAGAUGAAGGAUCUAGCGGCUAAAUUUACCACUGAUAUUAUUUCCACAACUGCUUACGGAAUCAAAGCCAAUUGCCUCAAUGACCCCGACGCAGAAUUCCGAAAGAAUGGAGCGAGAAUUUUCCAGUGCUCCACCUAUCGCGCCUAUGAGUUCUUAUCCAUGUUCUUCGCACCUCAGUUUGUGAAGCUUUUGAAUAUUCACUUUUUCCAUAAAGAAAGCACGCAAUUCCUGAGGGAUGCACUGUGGAGUACACUCAUAGGGCGCCAGCAAUCGGGCAUCAAACGCCCCGAUCUCAUUGACCUUCUCAUUAAAUUGCGGAAGGAUCAACCGGAGGAGGAGAAAAAAAUAUUCGAGUUUGACGGCGAUAAUCUGGUCGCCCAAGCAGCGAUUUUCUUCACUGGGGGCUUUGAAACCACCUCCACUGUCAUCAGCUUCUGUCUCUACGAAAUCGCCACUCAUCCCGAGGUUCAAACAAAGUUGCGGGAAGAAAUAAAAAGUGUUCUGAAGAAAAAUGACGGGAAAAUAACCUACGAUCUGGCGAAAUAUGACUUGCCAUACUUGGACACCGUAGUCUCAGAAGGGCUGCGCUGUUACCCACCCCUGCCCUUCCUCGAUAGAGUGGCUUCUUACGAUUACAAAAUCCCGGACAGUGAUUUGAUUAUCGAGAAGGGAACUCCAGUAUUGAUUCCGAUGAUGGGCCUCCACUUCGACGCGAAUUACUUUCCCGAUCCUUACAACUUCAACCCGGACAAUUUUUCUGCGGAGAAUAAGAGCACACGGAAAUCGGGUGUCUACAUACCCUUCGGCGAUGGCCCACACGCUUGCAUAGGAUUUUGCAGCCUCAUCGCUCGCAUUGAUGCAGACCAAACUCGCAAUAAUAACUAUUCUCUCGAAGUACGAGUUAUCCCCCUGCAAGGAAACUCUCAUUCCGAUGAGACUCAAUCCGAGAGGUGUGUUUACCGCUUCAGACGGCGGAAUAUUCAUAAAAGUGCGACAAUUAGUUGAGUAACUCAGGCAGAAUUCCAAUCGAGGCAUUGGAAACUUCUGGAAAUGUCAUAACUACUAAUGGUAAUGAUACUGCAUUUACUAAUACGCUGAAGUUCGCUUGCGAAGUUCUCUACUAGUGAGAAUAUUGUUAGAGAUCUCUUGGAAAUUUAGUUGCAAACUCUUUCGCAUUUUCGAUCUCAGAAGUUCGAAUUUAAUUCCAAUUGAAAGUAAAAACAUCUAAAAGUCUAGGAAAAAUGAAAAGUUUUGUAAAUAAAUGAAACUCAAAAAUUUUUGCGUGUCGAAGGUGAACGUCAAAGGAUCACUAUCCCGGAUAGGAUUGAUGGAUAAAAAUAUAAAAAAUAAAUAAAUCGAUCCGGGAAAUGUAAUCAGUUGUUAUACGUUUAUUGUAUGCACUCAAUUUUAUUUACAAAAAGAAACUAUUAGUCAGGUUGUAGAUGAUUUUUUUUCUUCUCACAGUGAUACACUUUUAUUACGUUAUUAUACUUAUAAUUAAAUAUGGUACUUUUAUUUCUCGUGGAUUUGUUCAUUCAGCUCCGUCGAAUAAAACGAAUGAAAUAAAAUAAUGAGAUAACGGGAGCUGCUAUGAACUACAAAUGUCGUAAUUUAUGAAUCUCAUUAUAAUAUUCUUCAACUCUUUGGCGUUGAUUCCCAGAAACUCCAAUCAUUACAUAAAUCAGUGAUUAAAUACAAUAAUACCAAUGUCACGUAAAAUUAUAAUUGUGUGCUGUCACAUUAACAUUCAUAAAAUUUAUUGAUAUUUCAUCUCCGGAUGAGAUAGUGAAUCGGAAAAAAAUCCAUUAAUUCAUUCAAAAAAAUUUUGAAAUCGUCGUUAAACAAUUAAUCUACAAUUUAUGAUUGUUGUAUUCCAUCGAAAAAAAAAUUCUAUCUCCCCUCCUAACAAUUAGUCUCAAUAAAUCUAAACGUCAUUCGA